CGGGAGAGAAAAGUCCAUUCUCCCUGUAGCCCUCAUCUCUAGAAGACAAAUACGAUUUCAGGGGACAACAACGGACGGGUCAGAUCCAAUAUUCGAACCAAGACAACCUCCUCAGGUACAUUGAACCUAGACAGGAGACCCCAUCUGGAGCUUAUAAAAACCCCGGACAAAAAGGGAUAGUUCGUUACACCAUUUCCCCAGCGGUAAUCCAGCAAUGGCACAAGGCAUGGCACUCGUUGGUCCGCGGCACCAGAAAAGCCGGUAUUCGGACGAAGAAGAGAUACUAAGGAGGAGAAACGAGGAGCUGGAGAAGGAGCUUAAAGAGAGCUUGGAGAGGGAGAAGAAGGUGAGGGAGGAGAUGGAGAGAACGAAGGAGAGAUUGAGAGCGGUGGAAGAUGCGGAGGAGAGACUGUGUUUUCAGCUGGGGGAACAAGAGGCCGAAUCCGUCUACGAGGCACGUGCUUAUAGCGUGGAGAUCAGGUCAUUGAAAGAGCAGCUCUCUCAAGCUCGCAAGCUGAUUCAGUCCGCAACCGCUCUCAAAGAUCAGCCGUAGAUGUUCUUUUAUUGCUUCUCUCUCUCCCUCUCUGUUAGCUGAAUAUUGCAUCUUUGUAAUCUAAUCACAUUCAUGUAUUGUAAAUCAUAUGAAAAUGAGAGAUCGGUACAUUUAAUUUAUUAAUGAAUUAGACGUAGCUCGGGGCCGAGAGUUUGUAAAGUA